AUGGUGCUGUACAAUUUCUGGAUCAUGGAUUUUUCGGUAAGCGCAUUGAUUUUUUUCAGCGCGAUAUACGGCGAAAAGAUGCGACGAAAUGGACAAUGGACGAGCGCCCCAAAGAACGAACUAAAAGAUAAUCGUGAGAACUCCGCAUCUCUUGAACACGAAGGUAAAGGAGCGGAGUUAAGGCUACCACAGUAUUUGCUUUUUACUUUUACGUAUUUCGCAGCCAUGGGUUUAACUGUUGUCAUUCUCCAGUAUUAUCCGUCUGUUAUGAUCAUUUUACAACAUGUCGCCGUCGUUUGUUUUAUUAUGAUCGCAUUCGCCCAAUGGUUGCCAUUGAAGAUCGGUUAUUUACUUGGCAUUUUAUUCGGUGUGAUUUGGUUAUUAUCGGUGGAGACCCAGUUUCGUUGGAUCAUUAACAAUGUGAUCAUUACCAUGUUUGCCUUUCUGGCCAGCCACGUCCAGUUCAGAAACUUUGCCUUUCUGCAGAUUUUUUUGUGGACUGCUCUCGUAUACGACGUUUGCCUACUUGCACGUAUGAACGAAACUCCCCAGGUCCUAAGCAUUGGAGAAUGUAGCAAUCUUCUCUGUCAGUUAUUCGAAAUAAACAGUGCGUGGGAGCUGCCUUCAGUGUUCACAGUGCGGUUUGGAGAGAAUCAAACGCACGUUUUUCUUGGAACAGGAGACAUAAUUAUUGGUGCCAUUGUCGCAAACUUUGCCAUGUCGUUUUUCAAGUCCCCCAGAUGUCUCCUUGGAGUGGUAGCAAGUUAUUCAACAGCGAUCGGCUUUCUAAGUCAAGUGGACACCAACAAGCCAUACCCGGCACUGAUCUCUAUCGUCCCCGUAUGCUCAGCUUCUUUGGUGUGUUGCGCCAUUUUGUGUAGGAAAACGAAACGGCUGUUUUCCUUGUCGAGCAAAGAAAGCUCCGAAUUUCCCUCGGACGAAGUUUUGUUGAUUUAG